AUGGCCAAAACGCUUGCCAGUUUGUUAGUGGCUCUGUGCGUAACGACUGCAUAUUCAGGGAACAGCAAAAACAGAAGACAGACAGGACAGUAUCAGGUUUAUCCACAACUCCAUGAGAUCGCAACGGGCACUUCAGAUGGCUGUGAGGAGAAUGGCGUGUCCUACAGAGUCAAUGAGCAGUGGGAGAAACCAUACCGCGGCAGUACUCUGGUGUGCACCUGCAGCGGAGCAUCAGGCAUCAAGUGCAAAACUAAACCCGCAGUCGAGGAGACGUGUUUUGACAAGUACAAUGACCGGGCAUACCGUGUGGGUGAGACCUACGAGCGGCCGAAAGACGGGAUGAUCUGGGACUGCACCUGCAUCGGCUCCGGACGCGGCAAAAUCAGCUGCACCAUCGCAAACCGCUGUCAUGAAUCUGGAAGGUCGUAUAAAAUCGGAGACACUUGGCAAAGACCUCACGAGACGCAAAACUACAUGCUGGAGUGCGUCUGUUUGGGAAAUGGCAAAGGAGAGUGGACCUGCAAACCCCUGGCUGAGCGUUGCUACGACAAUGGAGGGGCGUCCUCGUAUAUGGUGGGGGAGACGUGGGAGAAGUCGUACCAGGGCUGGAUGAUGCUGGACUGCACCUGUGUGGGGGAGGGCAACGGGCGCAUCACCUGCACAUCUAGAAACCGGUGUAAUGACCAGGCCAUGCAGAAGUCCUACCGUAUUGGACAGACAUGGAGGAAGCCUCACACAGACGGCCACAUGGUGGAGUGUGUGUGUUUGGGCAACGGUCGCGGAGAAUGGAAGUGUGAGAGAGAUGGCGUGGGGCAAAGCUCUGGCUCAGCCUCAGGCACUGUGGUCCUGACCCCAGUGUUGACCCCUGUGCUGCCCCACCCUGUGCCUCAGCUGCUUCCUCCUGUGGAAGGCUCCUGUCGCACCGACUCUGGAGCCACUUUCUCUGAUGGACAGAGAUGGAUCCGGAGCCAGGGCAACAAACAGAUGCUGUGCACCUGCCUGGGCAAUGGUGUCACCUGCCAGGAGUGGGAAGCCACGAGCCAGGUGUAUGGUGGGAACUCUGAUGGGCAGCCCUGUGUGUUUCCAUUUGGCUUCAUGGGAAAGAACUAUUAUACCUGCACUUCUGACGGACGCACUGACGGUCAGCUCUGGUGCUCCACAACCUCUGACUACGAAACUGACAAGCAAUACUCAUUCUGCACUGAGAAGUAUGCCAUCGUGGUGACUCGGGGCGGUAACUCCAACGGCGCCCUGUGUCACUUCCCGUUCCUGUACAGUGGACGUAACUAUACCGACUGCACGGCUGACGGCCGGCGGGACGGGAUGAGGUGGUGCGGCACGAGCUACAACUACGACGCAGAGCAGAGAUUUGGGUUCUGUCCCAUGGCAGCUCAUGAGGAGGUGUGCACCACAAACGAUGGAGUGAUGCGUCGCGUCGGAGACAAAUGGGACAAACGCCACGACGUCUUGGGUCACAUGAUGGAGUGCACGUGUAUGGGGAACGGACGCGGAGAAUGGAGCUGCAUCGCCUACUCCCAGCUGCGAGACCAGUGCAUUGUGGGCGGCUACACUUACGAGACCUCCCAGGAGUUCUCCAAACGCCACGAUGCAGGAUACAUGAUGAACUGCACCUGCUUCGGACAGGGACGCGGCCGCUGGAAGUGUGACGCCAUCGACCAGUGCCAGGAGCCUCAGACCAAAGCCUUCUAUCAGAUCGGAGAGUCCUGGGACAAAACCAUCCACGGCAUUCACUAUCGCUGCUAUUGCUACGGCAACGGAAACGGAGAGCUGAGGUGUGAACCCAUGCAGACCUCGCCAGACGGUUACAGACCAGUGCAGGUCAUCAUCACAGAAGGAGGAAAGCAGCCGGACUCUCACCCAAUCCAGUGGAACGCACCGGCAUCUGUCCACAUCACCCAGUACAUUCUGAAAUGGAGAAUUAAAAACACCCGUGCUCCUUGGAAAGAGGCCAUCAUCCCAGGACACCUGAACUCUUACACCAUCAGUGGUCUGCGUCCCGGUGUCACGUACGAGGGUCAGCUCGUCAGCCUCCUGCAGUUUGGCCGCCGCGAAGUCACACGCUUUGACUUCACCACCACAUACGGCUCCUUGGAGACUUCAGAGGGAGAGACCACGGCUCCCCCUCCAGUGGUCGAUACUUCUGAGUCUGUGACAGAAAUCACCUCCAACAGUUUUGUGGUUUCAUGGUCCUCUGCCGCAGCCACUGUCUCCGGCUUCAGAGUAGAGUACGAGCUGAGCGAGAACGGGGCCAAACGCAACACUCUGGAUCUUCCUCGCAACACCAAUUCUGUCACCAUCAGCGACCUUCUGCCCGGGCGCCGCUACAACGUCAACGUGUAUGAGCUUCCAGAGCAGGGAGACCCCAACCUCAUCCUGACCACUUCACAGACCACAGCUCCAGAUACUCCAGCGCAACAUGCUGUCGACGAUGUGGCUGAGACUUCCAUCCGCCUCAGCUGGUCUCGCCCACAGGCUCCUAUCACUGGUUACCGCGUGGUGUACACUCCGUCAUUGGAAGGGAGCAGCACAGAGCUCACGCUGCCCGACACGGAGACUUCUGUGACGCUGGUCGACCUGUUGCCCGGACGACUCUACAACAUCAGCAUCUUCGCCGUAGAGGACGAUCUGGAGAGCGAGCCUGUGUUUGUGCAAGUCAACACCGCCGGCACCCCUCAGCCAGAGGAGGUCCUGGCGCCCACAGAGCUGCAGUUUUACGAAGUGUCGGAUGUGAAGAUCACCAUCACCUGGACCGGUCCCCCCAGCGAGGUGACAGGAUACAGAGUCAGCUUCUCCCCCGUGGGACCGGACGGCUCCGAGACCAGGCUCCUGCCUCUCCCCGCAUCUCCAAACGCUUACGCUGAGCUCACACAUCUGCAGCCAGGGACCCUCUACCGCUUUUACAUCUACGCCAUCAACGGAGGCGUGGAGAGCGAGCCGUUGAUGGGAGAGAAGGCAACCAAACCCGAUGCUCCCACAAACCUCCAGUUCACAGACGUUGGUUCGGACUCCGUGAUGGUUGUUUGGGAGUCCCCUAGAGCCUCGGUCUCCGGAUACAGACUGUUCCUGAGCAUGGAGGGCAGCAGUCCCAUUGAGAAGAAGAUCCCAGGAGCCGUGUCCCAGUACCAGCUCCUCAACCUGAGCCCAGACACACAGUACACCGUCACUCUGCACUCCGAGCUCGACGAGGACCUGAGCGAAGGGGCCACAGCCUACUUCACUACAGCUCUGCCGAUGGGAAAUGCUCCUCAAUUCAACACUGACGUCACUGACACCUCCAUCAUUGUCUCCUGGAUCCCACUCCGCAGGUUUAGCUACAAGCUGACUGUAUUGCCAAGUGAAGAGGGAGAGUCUCCGAAGUCGGACACGUCGGAGUCCGGACGAGUUUAUGUUUCUGGUCUAAUCCCUGGCACUGAAUACACGUACAGCGUUCAGCCUAUUUUCAACGGACGCAACAGAGGAAACGCCAUCACUCGCAACGUUGUCACAUCUCUUUCUCCGCCCACGGACCUCAGAGUGGAGCCCAGUCCGAACAGAGGAGAUCUCACUGUCUACUGGGUCGCCUCCAGAACUCCUGGCAUCACAGGCUACAAAGUGACAAGCUCGCCUACUAGUGGUCAGCGAGGAAACUCUCUGGAAGAGCUGGUCAGCUCUGAUCAAACCUCAUGUGUCCUGGAAAACCUAAGUCUGGGCGUGGAGUACAACGUCAGUGUGUUCACAGUCAAAGGGCAGCUGGAGAGUGUCCCUGUGUCCACUGUGGUCACGCCAGAAAUCCCAGAACCACGUGACAUAGAGUUUGUGGACAUUACUGACACCACCAUUGGCCUGCGCUGGAUCCCACUGAAUUACACCUCCAUCACCGCAUUUCGGAUUUCUCUAAAGGCGGCGGGGGAAAGUUUGCCCUUUUUCCAAGAUAUGGUGGAGGUGUCGGCCGGUUAUUACCCCAUCCGUGGUUUGGAGCCGGGGGUGGACUAUGACAUCAUUAUCACCACUGUAACAGAAGACGGGGAGAGCGAGCCGACCACUUACACAAAGCAAACACAAGCGGCCAUCCCUGCUCCGACCAACCUGCAGUUCACUGGAGUGGGUCCGGACCACAUCAGAGUGACCUGGACAAUGCCGCAUGUGUCCACUCCGAGCGACAUCUCUCGUUUUGUCAUCCGCUACCAGCCUAUCAACACCUACGAUGACCUUAAAGAAGUGAAUGUGGGCGGAGCUACCAACACUUACCUUCUACAGAAUCUGCUUCCAAACACUGAGUACUCUAUCAGCGUUGUCGUUGUCUACCUUGAAAGAGAAAGUGAGCCGGUUACAGGAACUCAGAGGACAACUUUGGAUUCCCCUACUGGCCUGGAUUUCUCUGACAUCCAGACAAAUUCCUUCACUGUCCACUGGGUGGCACCGACCGCUGCUAUCACUGGGUACCGAGUCCGUUAUCAGCCGACGAGCGGAGGACGCACCAAGGAGGAGAAGGUGCAUCCCUCCAGAACGCACUACACUCUGACUCAGCUGAGCCCAGAGACAGAGUACAUCGUCCACAUUUACGCUGUGAGCCCAGACCAGGAGAGCCAGCCCCUCAGCGGCAGGCAGGCCACCAUCUCAGAUGCACCGACCGACCUGGUGGUGGUGACGAGCACCCCGACCAGCAUCGUCAUCCGCUGGGACGCCCCCUCUGCCACGGUGAAGUACUACAGGGUCAACUACGGCAUGACAGGAGAGUCACCUCAGGAGUUCACGGUGCCCGGAACGCAGACCACAGCCACCAUCACUGGUCUGAAACCCGGGACCGACUAUUCCAUCACUGUGUACGCUGUAACGGGACGCGGAGACAGCCCCUCCAAUAACAUCCCAGCCACCAUCACACACCGCACAGACACUGAGUCCCCUAACGGUAUGCAGGUCACGGAUGUGAGUGAUAACGCCCUGACAGUGCGCUGGUCUCCUGCUCAGGGCCCCAUCAGAGGAUACAGAAUCACCAGUGCCCCCAAAAAUGGCCUGGGACCCUCCUAUUCUGAAGUGGUCGGCCCAGAGCGAACUCAGAUGAAAUUCACUGGUUUGAUUCCUACCACUGAGUAUGUGGUCCACGUUUACGCCCUGGGCACAGACGGACAGACGUCGUCGCCUGCGGUUGAAAACGCCCAGACAGCGAUGGAUCGCCCCAAAGACCUCACGUUCUCCGACAUCGACUUCACCUCGAUGCGCAUCACGUGGGACAGCCCUGAAGGCACUGUCACCUCGUACCGUGUCUUCUACACCAGUCCAGAAGAGGGCGAGAGAGAGCUGCGCCCCGCCCCCACAGGAGACCAGGACACGGUGGUCAUCAGAGGCCUCCGUCCCGGGACAGAAUACACGUUUAAAGUCAUCGCGCUGAACGGACGCACUCAGAGCACUCCUCUGGUUGGGAAACAGGCCACAGUCGUUCCAGCUCCAUCAAAUCUCGACAUUUCUGAGAUUGGCCCUUCUUCCUUCGUGUUGUCAUGGAGACCACCCAACGCACGCCUCACUGGUUAUCGCAUCGUCAUCACCCCCAAAGACAUCAACGGUCCGUCCAAAGAAAUGAAUCUGGCUCCAGAUACAACAAGAGUUACUGUCCCAGGACUUAUGGUGUCAACACCUUAUCAGAUUUACGUUUACGCUCUGAAGAACUCUGUGACCAGUCGACCUCUGCAGGGAGAAACCACCACGCUAGAAGACAUCAGCCCUCCACGAAGAGUCCGAAUUGUCGACGUCAAGGACACAUCCUUCACUUUGACCUGGCGCACCAAGGUUGAGACCAUCACCGGUUUCCUGAUCGAGGUGACCCCUCAGGGCGGCCGCCAGCCCACUCUGAGCCGGACCAUCCCCGGAGACGUGCAGAGCUACAAUGUCCAAGGACUUCAGCCUGGGACCUUAUACACUAUUAAGAUUUAUUCUUUGAACGGCAACACAAAGAGUGCUCCGUACAUCCUCACUGUUCCGACUGCUGAGCCUGUGGUCCCUGCACCCGAGAAUCUGCAGGUGACAUCACUGACCCCCACCACUGUGUCCUUCACCUGGAGACCCCCGUCCACUCACAUCACAGGAUACUACAUCACCUAUGAGCAGUCGGGAGGGCGGCCCCGCGAGCUCGUCCCCAGCCCCCACGCGGGACAGAACUAUGCCACAAUAUCCGAUUUACGACCAUUGACAGAGUACAUUAUCAAAAUAGUUGCUAUCCAAAACAGCCUGAGGAGCACCCCUCUUAUCGGCCGAAUCAUCACCAAACCAGACUCCCUGCUCCCCCUCCCGCUGCCGCACCAGCCUCUCGGCGUCGACGACAAGCUUGACGUGCCCGAAACCGAUGUGGACAAUAAGAUUCAGGUAGUGGGCAACAACGGGCAGGACGGGCACAGUGGCCAGAGCCAGGGCGUGGAGUACACUGAGUAUAACAACAACGGAGACAGACAGACAACUUAUGGACAAUUCCGUGAGCCUUUGGUGUUUCUGCCACUUCCCGAUGCAGAAGGGCGGAGGUUACCCAUAGUCAAGAUUAACGUUCCAAUCGGCGCUCCUAUCGGCAACAUCACGAAACUGCCCCAAGAAGCCCAAACGCAAACCACCAUCUCCUGGAAGCCAUACAAGCAGAGCAACGCAUACGUGGUGUCCUGUGAGCCUCUGUCCAGCCUGAGGGAGAAGCUGUUCCAGGUCCGUUUGCCUGGUACAGCCACAACUGCCACUUUGAUCGGACUCACCCCAGGAGCAAACUAUAAUGUCAUUGUGGAAGCCAUUUUGGGAAGCCUCAACCACAAGAUCCUGGAGCAGAUCAUCACCGCUGGGAACACAAACCCUGACGGAGCGCCGUCCUCCACAGACUCCUGUUACGACUCUUUCACAGCGACGCAUCACGACGUCGGGGCCGAGUGGGAGCGAAUGUCAGAGACCGGCUUCAAACUGUGGUGCAGGUGUCUGGGUCUGGGCAGCGGACACUUCAGAUGUGACUCCUCAAAGUGGUGCCAUGACAGUGGAAAUAACUACCGCAUUGGGGAGAAGUGGGAUCGUAGAGCUGAGAAUGGACAUUUGAUGAGCUGCACCUGUUUGGGAAAUGGAAAAGGAGAAUUCAAAUGUGAACCCCAUGAGUCCAUGUGCUAUGACGAGGGCAAAUCGUAUCAAGUAGGAAACCAGUGGCAGAAGGAAUACUUGGGAGCCAUCUGUACCUGCACUUGCUUUGGAGGACAACAGGGCUGGAGAUGUGAAAACUGCCGCAGACCUGGGGCAGAUCUGGACCCGACUCUGCUGCAGCCUGUGAGAUACAGAGACAACACACUGCACAAACUGAAUAUCCACUGUCCGAUCGAGUGUCUUCGGCCCGACCUGUUGGCAGAUGCCCAAGCUCCCCCAAACCCACGAGAGUAA